AUGGUAUAUGUGGCUGGUGGAAACAGCACUGACAUGUUCGAGCUUAACUCAGCUGAAGUCCUCAAUCCUAAUAAAGGAACCUGGCGUUCAGUUGCAAACAUGGGAACAAACAUGGCCUCAUAUGAUGCAGCAGUUCUUAAUGGGAAGCUCCUUAUGACAGAAGGUUGGUUUUGGCCCUUCUAUGUUGUACCCAGGGGCCAGAUUUAUGACCCCAUAGCAGAUACCUGGGAGAACAUGGCUAAUGGACUGCGAGAAGGCUGGACUGGUUCGAGCGUUGUGAUUUAUGAGCAUUUGUUUGUGGUUCCAGAGCAUGAAAGAACAAAACUGAAGGUUUAUGACAAUGAAACUGAUUCUUGGUGUACUGUUAAAGGACCUCCUUUGCCAGAGCAGAUAUGCAAGCCAUUCUGUGUUGACUGCUGCGAUAACAGGAUUUAUGUGGUAGGUCGAAAUCUUCACCUUGCCGUGGGCCAUAUCUCGAGCCCUUGCCCUAGAGACUCAUCUACAAAAAGGUGCAGAUUUUCUGUUCAAUGGCAAGUGGUGGAUGCACCUGAAACCCUCUUUGACUUAACGCCAUCAAGUGCAAAGAAAUGCUAUGUUCACUGGAAAGAGGGCUUUCGUGCUCUGAAUUUUGCUGUGGAUUUAGUUUCCAUCAAAAUUCUCUAUUACAUAAGCAGAGUUGAUCUCCACAUUAGCGGUCAAGUCAUUAUUUUUUGA